AUGUCUGAAGUUUUCAGUAGUUAUGAAGUUGAAUUUGAAAAAUAUUAGUAAUAAGUCUGCUCAUUAAUUCGAUAAACCUAAAUUAACAGAUCAGAUGAAACCUUAAAGGAGAUAGCUUCUGUUUUUACUGAUUUGCAGAAUUGCUUACAAUAAAUGGAUAUAGAAUCAACCAGUAUUGCAGUGUCUGAUAGACAGGAAUUAAAAAACAAGGUUAAAAGAUAUAAAUCAGAGACUGAAGCAAUGAAAAAAUAAUUUAGAAUAUUAGAAGAUGAGGUUUCAUCUCAAAAAACUAAAGAUUCCUUAUUUGGUGAAUAAGACAAUCAACAAAUACAAUUCAUUAACACUCAAGAUAAGUUAGUCAAAUAAACUGUAUAAUUGGAAGAUGCAAAAAGGGUGUGCUUUGAAAUUGAAACAAUUUCUAAUAAUAUAUAAGUUCAAUUGAAAGGUCAGUCUGAUAUCUUGGAUAGAAACAUAAACAAAAUGCCUGAAAUUUAAUACGACUUGGGAGAAUCAAACAGUCGAUUAUCAAGGAUUUAAUCUAAAAUGAGAGAACACAAAAUUAUAUUCUUAAUUGUUUUUGCUAUCUUUUUGACUAGCAUUGCAAUUGUGUUAGUAUAUAAAUAUGCUUGA